CCCAGCUCACUGCACUCCUUUCUGCAAUCCAACCCCACAACAUGCCCGUACUUUGAGAACUAAUCCUUACUUUUGGUUUCUCCUCUACAUCUUACUUCGCUAUACUUCACUCCACAUGUAAUUCUCUCUCAGUCGCCAUGUUAUUCUUUACUCCCUUUCUCUCUCUCCUUGCCUUCGUCCCCCUCGGACUAUCCUACAGUACUCUCAGCGACUCCACGCUCAAAAGCCUGCCCAGCCCCGGCGACGACUUUGACAUCCACAAAGGCGCCAUCCUAGCACCGAUAUUACGAACGCGAGUAUCCGGGACACCUGGUAGUGCCGCUGUUCUUCAGCAUUUCGUCGACUUCUUCAAAACACACCUACCAGCAUGGACGAUCGAGCUGCACAACUCCACCUCCACGACUCCUGUGAGCAACGGCAAGGAAAUCCCAUUUGUGAAUUUUAUUGCGACGCGCGACCCACCUGGCAGUCGGUCUGGCGAGGUUGGAAGACUGGCUUUGGUGGCGCAUUAUGACAGCAAAUUGACUCCGCACGGGUUUAUCGGCGCAACGGAUAGCGCAGCACCAUGUGCGAUGAUUCUGCAUGCUGCGCGGAGCAUUGAUGCGGCAUUGACGAAGAAAUGGGAGGCUAUGGUUGCAGAGGGGGCGGACGAGUUGGAAGAACAGAAAGGCGUGCAGAUUUUGCUGUUGGAUGGGGAGGAGGCAUUUAAAGUUUGGUCUGACAAUGAUAGUUUGUAUGGCGCACGCGCUCUUGCAUCGACGUGGGAAUCCUCCUUCCACCCUGCCAUGUCCACCUACCGCACUCCUCUCGACUCAAUCUCACUCUUCGUCCUCCUCGACCUCCUCGGCGCGUCCGCACCAAACGUUCCCUCCUACUUCCGAACCACACACUGGGCAUACAAAAACAUGGCUAAAAUAGAACACCGACUUAGAGAACUUGGUGCCUUCAAAUCCUCCCCCAAUCACGCCAUAAAGCUCGCAAAACGCAAGAACAAGAAACCGCGCACCGAGAUACCGUUUUUGGUUGAUGCGAACAAAGGCGACGAUACUUUCGUAGGCGGUUUCGUGCAAGACGAUCAUGUCCCGUUCAUGGCGCGGGGUGUGGAGAUUUUACAUAUAAUACCGACGCCGUUUCCGAGGGUGUGGCAUGAGUUGGAUGAUGAUGGGGAGCACUUGGAUAUGGAUGCUGUUGAGGAUUGGACACGGCUGGUAACGGCGUUUGCCGGGGAGUGGAUGGAGUUGGAGGGAUUUUUUGACUUUAAGAAGGACAAGAGGAAGUAUAUGGAUUUGGAUAAAACGGAAUUUGAGAUACCCUAGCAUCUUUUUGCAAUAUUAUGGUUCUGGUUUCGUGUCUCUCUUUCCUGUCGAGUGUGGGUGUAUCGGGUCGCUCAAUGCGUCACAUUCCUCGCUCAUUCAUUUUUGUACCCUGUGAUCGCCAAUGUCAAACCGAUACGCAUUAACCUGAUCAAGCAUCAUUAGACACGAGAGAACAAAGAACACUUUGUUCGUAGCGCUGAUCAGUAUGAGUAAGGUAGGUAACCAACCAAAUGCGGCGACACAGCACCAUCAGAGCAAAACUUUAAAGAAUCAACAAGGGCCUCGAGAGUUCUCUCCUACAUUUCGAGCUCCUAUCC